AUGUCUCGUCCUUCCGGCUUUCGAGGCAGUAGAAGCAGAUCGAUGCCUGCGCGGCUGCUGCAGGAUGACCCUCAACACUCGAAUCCCUUUGGCACUCAGCCCAGACACCCUCGAGCCACUCCCACACGAUAUCGUCGACCAAUCGACCGAUAUGUGCCACCUCCAGAUCAACGCAGGCGGGUAGACCAGCGAUCGCCCCGAGGAUCGAGAUAUUUUCGAGCUCAAAGCCAGUACAAGCAGCAGGCGUCUACGCCCAGUCACAAAUCCCAGCAUUCCACCAUUUCUGUGCAAAACAACGUCCAGAGUACUGUCCCUCGCCCCGGAGGGUACCAUGACCGCGAGCACGACAGGAGACUUGUGACUCCCCGACCAGUCCUGAAUGCAACAGACUCACAAGUAUUGGCGCCUGUGGCUGCACAGAGUCGAGAUGAGCCUCCAACAACCAUUUCCCCGAAGGCAGGAUCUUCUCGUAAACCUAUUCUCAUCCAGUCUACCCCCAGUCCAGAGCCUGAGCUUUAUCAGCGUAGCUUACAUCUUUCCUCGAACUCUGCUGGACAAGCUCACGCCGACGUUGAAUCUGUAGCUCAACAAGUUACCGAGGAAAGUUGUGAUGAAUUGUCCACCCCUGGACCGCAGUUGCCUGCCUCGACGAGAUACCAUGUCAGGAUAGAUCGGGAUAACCAACGCCGUCUUCUUGACAUUUGUAGUCGGUUCGAGGAAGACUAUCUAGUACGAGAUGACGACGAGUUGAGUCCUCAUAAGAGAUUCUGGGAGCAAGUGAUGGGAACGUAUAACCAUGAAUCUCCUCAACCACAUUUCCAUCACUGGUCACAUGUGCGUUCAGAUGUCAUGAAGCGCAUCAGCAAACGCUACAAUCUUCUGUUGCAGAACAAGCUGAAGCCAUCCAAGAAGGCCUUACGAAAGUCCAAGGAUGCAUGGGCAAGGGUUGUUGCCCACAGCAAAAUACACCCCGCCCUAGGUCGUGUUUGGGGGCUCUUCUGGAGUAGCUUUGGGGAGAAGACGGAGGCGGCAAUGCAUCACGUGGUAGCGGAACGGCUGAGGAACAAUAAUGCCUUGACGCUAGAUGGCUUUGAAAAGCUCAUGGCACAUCUAAAGCAGAGAGUACAAGAAGACGUAGACGGAGAUCGUGAAAAGAUUGACAAGGACAUCAAGGCCAGGCGCAGAGAGCAGAAGCUGGUCAAGCGAAAGGCUCGAUGA